GCUACCAGUGCUAUUCCAUCUGAUUAGGUCAAGUACCGCGCUACUCAAAAGCACGGCAAGUGUCAGUGCAUCGAAUGGGUGAAUAUAUUGUAUUUUUUGUUGUUUUCGGUACGUCAUGGUGCGGCACGCCGCAAAAUCGCGAUUUCACUGUCUUACGGCAAAAAAGCAGCCUCAGAUGUAAUGUGUUAUGACAGUUCCUUCCUUUUUAUGGAUGUCAUUCCCCAGUCACAUGAAUACGCAAACUUUAGACCCGUCAUUUCCACGCCGCUCUUUCACGUCUUCAGUAAUUUUAACACCCAACUCCAAGCCAUCUUCUACGGUCAUUUCUGCUGCCUGUGGUCUCUAGCUUUCGGACAAAAUGCCACAAUAUCAACACUUGCAGUCAACACCGAAGAAGCCAAAGUUGGACCGCAAGUGUUUGUCGAGAUUUUUUACUCUGACACGAUGGAUUCUGUUCUCGUUCAAGAGUACCCUAAUGCUGGCCACACUUCUGGGAGUGAAACUAAUAGAACUGCUGGUAAUCUACCAAGUGGGGGUGAUACCUAGUAGGUUUUUUAACAUCCUCACAGAAAAGAAUAAUGAGGCAUUCAAGUCGCUGAUUGGAAUGUCCGUAGUUCUCAUUGCGGUCAAUGCUACACUGAAAAGCGUGGACCAAUACAUUUGCAAUAUAUUGUACGUGAAGUGGAGGGAAACAAUGACUGGAUACCUGCAUUACAGAUAUUUUUAUGGAAGAGUCUUCUACACACUGAACGUAUUAACAAAGAUUAUCGACAAUCCGGAUCAAAGGAUUACACAAGACGUGGAGCGUUUCUGCAAACAACUUAGCUCCAUCACAGGCAGGGUCAUCAUCGCCCCCUUUACCAUGGUUUAUUAUGCCAUCCAGUGCUAUAGCAGCACUGGAUGGACUGGCCUGGGCAGCAUUUUUGGGUAUUUUGUCAUUGGCAGUAUUGUCAAUAAAAUCCUAAUGGGGCCGAUUGUCUCCCUGCUAGUACAACAGGAAAAGCUGGAGGGUGAUUUUAGAUUUAAGCACAUGCAGAUCAGAGUGAACGCUGAGUCGAUGGCUUUUUAUAGAGCAGGAAAAGUAGAGCUCACGAGAACGACCAAAACCUUUCAAAGUCUUCUACAAACACAGAGGAGGCUUAUGAACAAGGAGCUUUGGCUCUCUAUUGGUGUGAACAUCUUUGACUAUAUGGGGAGCAUUCUUAGCUACAUAGUAAUUGCCAUCCCCAUUUUUACUGGAGUUUAUGAUGGUCUCACUCCUGGUGAACUGAGUGCCCUUGUUAGCAGGAAUGCUUUUGUAUGCAUAUACCUCAUUAAUUGCUUCACACAGUUGAUAGAUUUGUCCACCGCUCUCUCUGACGUUGCUGGCUACACUCAUAGGAUUGGAGAGCUGUGUGAAGAGAUGGUCCACAUCCAAAAGAGGCAGAGAGAUUAUGACCCCGACUGUGACGAGUCAUAUGAAUUUGACAGUGCAUUCAAAGCCAGGACGAAACUUCCAGAUUCAGUAACUACUACCAGACCAAGUGAUGAUUCUGUGGCCGAAGAUACUAGCUAUAGGAGCCCGGCCUUUAUCACGGAUGACCUGAGCUACAAGGCCCCCGACUCGGAUGACCUACUGGUGAGCGACUUCAGCAUGAAAUUUGCUGAUGGCAACCACCUACUUGUGGUAGGCAACACGGGCUCGGGGAAGACUUCUCUCCUCCGCGUCCUCAACAGGCUCUGGGAGCCAACUAGUGGCACUGUAAAAAUGACCACGUUUUUCGGGCCAAGGGGGGUCAUCUUCCUACCUCAGAAGCCCUACUUCACAGAUGGAACGUUGAGGGAACAGAUCAUUUUCCCCCUCAGAGACAUCUAUCCAGUUAAUGGAGCUAAAGAUGAUGAAAGAAUCAGACAGUACCUUGAACUGGCUGGCUUGUCCAGCCUCCUCCUGCGAACUGGUGGUCUGGAUGAACCAGUCGAAUGGAAUUGGUAUGAUGCUUUGUCACCAGGGGAAAUGCAGAGGCUUUGUUUUGCACGUUUGUUCUAUCUGCAGCCGCGGUAUGCAGUGUUGGACGAGGCAACCAGUGCUUUGACAGAGGAGGCUGAGGGGGAGCUGUACUGCAUCUGCAAACAGCUCGGGAUGACCCUGAUUAGUCUUGGACAUCGACGCAGUCUGGAAAAGUACCAUGACCUGAUGCUCCGCUUCGUGGGAUGUGGACGCUAUGAGCUUUCAAAGCUGAGAGACUGACUGACAGAGGCCCUGCCUUGUUUUGUGCUUCACCCAUUGUGAAAUAUUAGUAUUUUUUUGUCUUUUUGUAUAAAAUAAAUCAUUGAGAGUAUACUGUA